ACAGGUGCACUCGUUGUAGUUUCGGAGGUGGAAUCCCGGGUACUCUUGUAAACUGCGACGGCACUAUAAAGUCUUUCACGUAAGUUCAAUUUUUGCGUGGCACAUUCAGAACCUCCUCCAGGUGAUGUUGGGCUAAGGAUGAUGUUAUGCUUUCUCAGAGACAUUGAUAUCCAUUCAACCGAGUUAUGCACAAAUCUGCGUCUCAUUGAUUGACAUCUUCGGAUACGUGGGAGUGAAAGAUGGAUUUCACACACAGUGAUUUCUUCUGAAGAAGAUUCAGCGUCUCUUCUCUGUUGUCUCAACACACCUUUCAUUUAGAGGAACCUCGGGCUGCGUUUAUCUUCUUCUCGUCAUUUUUAUCCAGUUUUAACAAUGACGGAGAAAACAGCUCCCUGGUGGAGAUCUUUCGUGGGCAAGAGGAGAAAAGCAGCCAGAGAAUCGGCAGCGACACUUGAGCAGGACCUCCGUAAUCAGACAUCUGCAGAAUCCACGCAGCAACCCUCUGCUGAGCCCGACCAACGAAUCACCUCACAGACCCUAGUGAAAAAAGCAGGCAAUUACCUACCAAGCGACGAAACAUAUGACGACUCCGCUGAUCAGCCCACAUUCAACGAGGGCAACAAUCGCCGUUUUCUCACUGUGUCGCGCUCCGGUCGCUUCAAAGAGAAAAAGAAGUCGCGAGCGAGUUUUCCACAGAACCACGAAGACGAAGGGAAACUUGCCGCCGCCAAACCAACUGAAGUCCAGUCAAAGCGCUGAUAGCAGCCGCAGUUUACACCCGAUGGUAAAGCCAUAAAUAAGGCACUACCUUCAAACUGACAAUGUUAAUAAACUUGAGUCAUGAAUGCACUUAUUGAUAUUGUGGUGAUAGACUUUUGGACUAAGUUAUUACUGGAGCUUUUCUCCAAAUGCUGGAAAUGAUGGAAUUUCCUUGAGGAUAAAACGUCUCUCCUAGUAGGUUUAAAUGGGUUUAUAGGCACUUUACAACUUGCUUGAGAUCAGCUAGGUCAGCCUAAACCUGGUAAAACCAGCAAACUAUAAGCUGUUUUUUCUCCAGCAGGGAAAAUACAUCCAAUAUUUGUGAAGGAUACAACACAUUAUUUUUAGAGCUUUGUUAUAGCUAGGCCUACAACAUUUGCACUGUUUUAUGGUGUUACUGCAACAUUUUAUGAAGGACUUUAUGUACGAAGGAUUGAGCAGAAUUUAUUUUGAAGAUAAUCAAUGUAAUGUUUAUCAUGACUGUUUUGAAUGGUUGUGCAUGCAUGUCACUUUUGUUUUGAGCGGGAUUGGGUGGUGGUCCUAUCCGUCCAGAAUCAAAUGUUUUUUACUUUAUAUGUCAAGAUAGUUUUGCAUCAGAUAUGGCAAAAAUCAAAAUCAUAUUAUUUGGCCUAAAUAUCUUUUAUUUUACUAAAUGUAGGAUACAUUGUUAGGGUUUAUAUGUUUGGAUACAAGUAAAGAUAUAACCAAGAGGUCAAGAAAAUCAAAAUAAUUGAUAAGCGGUUAGUUCAGCAAACAGUGUUUACAAUAGUUACAUGUUAUUAUUUAUUAUGGAAAAUAUAUAUAUAUAUAAAACACUUUCAGCGUUUUAUCAACUGCUUUCAUCUCCAAAUAUGAUUAGACUGUUCAAGUGGAGACUGAGAGAUUAUUGUAUAUAACAUAAAAAUGUUAUGAAUUAUACAUUAUAACUUUACUGAAACAACAGAUCUAAUAGUGGCCUAAGAGUUUUGCACAGUAAUUUAUAGAUGGGAAGUACUUUAUAUAGGUGAAUUUGGUUAAAGUUUUAUUAACUUAUGUUAAAUCAGAACUGAACACAACAACUUGGCUUUAAAGAACUGUAAUCACACCUGAUAAUUUUCUGGUAAUAUGAGUGAAGCUUGUACGACAAAUGAGCCUCAGAUAUUCAGAUCCUUUGAGCAACAUUAUCUGUUAAAGUAAUGACCAAGUACAUGAGAUUUUUGUCAAUAAAAACAAACAUGCAUUAAUAAAUAUUAAGUGAAAGGUUUAGUGCAAUUAGGCUAGUUUGAAACAUAUACUUUAAUCUUACACAUUAGCAUGCCAAAUUUACCUCUGGGAAGUGUCAUUACAUCAUAUUAAAUAAACAUGAUUCUAUUCAUA